GAUGGUGAGGGCGGCUGGGCGCGCUCGGAGCUGCUGUCGGGGCCCCCCAGGAAGGGAUGCGCUCCAGCCCGGACGGCAUUGCCCAACAACGCUCGCUCGCCCGCGCGGCUGCUGCUGCUCCUCCUUACCUUUAAGGCGGACGCGGGGAAAAGGAGAGCGGCGGCUGAGGCGGCGGCCGGUGAAUCAAGCCGGGAAGGGAAAAAAAGGCACGGAGAGCCCGCUCGGCCCCCUGCCCGUCGCUUCCCCGAGCCCGGCGCGGCGCCGUCCGGCUUCCUUGUGGCGCAGGAGCUCGAGGUCCUCCUGCCUGCUCGCCUCCCCCCCGCCCCCCGCCGCCUUCCAGCUCCAUGAGCCGCCAGCUGGAACCCCGCAGCCCCGCCGCGCUUCUGCACUCGCCGGCGGCCGCUCCCCGCUGCCGGAGCGCUCCUUCCAAGCGCCUGCUUUUGCACGACGCCGCCGCCGCCAGCGAGGAAGCGCCGGCCGCCGCCAAGUGCGCCCGCCUGGCCGUCGAUUACACCAGCGCCGUCCCUCAGGAUUGUCUCAGCGCGCCCGGAUCGCCUUGCGCUCCGGUUCCGCCGGCUCCUGCCGGCGAAGGUUCGCUUUCCAGCGCCCAGGGACCCAGCUUGGUGGCCGGCUACCUUUUGUUGCCCUUGCUCGACCGGGAGCACGUUUCGAGGGCGCUCGACAUCAACACCGGCCGGGAGCUGCGUUGCAAGGUCUUCCCUCUCAAACACUACCAGGACAAAAUCAGGCCUUACAUCCAGUUGCCAUCACACCGAAACAUCACCGGGAUUGUGGAGGUCAUCCUCGGAGACACGAAGGCGUAUGUCUUUUUCGACAAGGACUUUGGUGACAUGCAUUCCUACGUUAGGAGCUGCAAGCGCCUGCCGGAGCAGGAAGCCGCUAGACUCUUCAAACAGAUUGUCUCUGCAGUGGCUCACUGCCACCAGUCAGCCAUUGUGCUGGGGGACCUCAAACUCAGGAAAUUUGUGUUUUCUAAUGAAGAAAGGAUGCAGCUGAGACUCGAAAGCCUGGAAGACACCCACAUCAUGAAAGGAGAGGAUGAUGCUUUGUCAGACAAACACGGCUGUCCGGCGUACGUCAGUCCGGAAAUCUUAAACACAACAGGAACCUAUUCCGGGAAGUCGGCUGACGUUUGGAGCUUGGGCGUUAUGCUGUACACUCUCCUAGUAGGACGGUAUCCCUUUCAUGACUCGGAUCCUACCGCCCUCUUUUCCAAAAUCCGGCGCGGACAGUUCUGCAUCCCUGAGCACGUCUCUCCCAAAGCGCGGUGCCUCAUCCGCAGCCUCCUUAGGCGAGAACCCUCUGAAAGACUCACCGCUCCGGAAAUUUUGCUCCAUCCUUGGUUCGAGGCUGUUUUGGAAUCUGGGUAUGCCGACCAGGAUAUACGGAUCUCUGAUCAAGUGGUCCCGGAGCAACUGAAGGAGGACGAUGAUAUGAGCUUCUUCUUUUGCUAGCUCCGCCGACUCCCUUUGCCUCGGGGACGAGAGAAUGUUGCUCUUGCGUUCCGCGUUUUUUUGUGUCCGUUUUUUUGUGUUGGUGCACAUGUGUGUGUGUCCAUCUUGUAAAUGCAUCGCUUUCCAAAAGCCUUCCUCUGCUCAGGAUGACUGAGACCUCAAAUGCACUCAUCCCACAGGUGGAGGGCCUCUUUAUCUUCUCCCACGUCCACAUGGAAAGCUUCCAGAAAGUUUGAAAUCCUGGCUUGCUAAAUCUAUGGGUUCUUCCUUGGUGUUUGGGGGACUCUGCCAUCCCAUUCCAGUGCAAGCGUGCUGCUGAACGUUUGAACUAGAAUCUGGAGAAACGGCAAGCUAAUGUUGGAUUUCAUUGGAAAAUCAGAUUGCUUUAGCUGGAAUUUGAAGUACGGGCAAGUCCUUGACUUAUAGCCAUCCACUUAGUGACCAUUUAUAAAGUUACAACAGCACCGGGGCGGCGGGGGGAAAGCGACCUAGGACUGAUUGUCACACUUAACAACAGCGUUGCAGCAUUCCCCACAACCACGUGAUUAAAAUUUGGCCACUCGACAACAUGUAUUCCUGAUGGUUCCGGCAUCCUCUGGCCUCAUGUGGGGUCACCAUUGGUGAAUUUCCCAGCCAAACACAGUCAACGGGGGGGAUGCUGGAUUGGCUUAACAACUGCUUAAUGCGCUUUACAAGCAGAUUGUAAAAUGGGGUGUGACUCACUUAAACAACCUGCCUUGCUUAGCCGUGGAAAUUUUGGGUCUCGGUUGUGGCCAUAAGUUGAGGACUUCCUGUAUAAAUAUUGCAGCCUCUGUUGCUUUCCUUCUUUCCUUCCUCUUAAUAGAAAAGAGCUUUUGAGCUCCCUAUGCCUGUUCACAUCCACAUGGCCUGGUUUUGCUGCCCAGUUUACUGUUACAGCCAUGACAGAAGUGCCAGAGGAUUCUCCUGCCUCCCGUCCAUCACAUGGAGAUGACAGGAUCACCAGCUGGCCUUUGAUUACAGAAUCUUUUAGCUGGUGAUGUAAGAGUGAAAUGCAGUUGAGGUUCUUAACGAAGCUGGGCAGAUUACAGGUUAACAGAGUUAUAGGGGACCUUGUAGGUCAUCUAGUCCAACCCCCCCUGCCCAAGCAGGAGAGCCUAUACACCAGGCAGGACCAGGACAUGAUCCCAGUGCUAGAAAGAUGGGUUGGCAUGUAUAUAUAUAUAUAGAUGUGGAAUAGGAGUCUGACAAUGAUUUUAAAUAAUCCGUUUCCCUCACGGGGCUCUCGUUAUCUUUCAGGCCAGAGUCCAAUGGUUGUUUUGUUAGUUUCUUAGACAACAGAAAGUCCAACUUGAAUGUUUCGAUCUUCAAGGCAACAGGCUGUGUAUCCCAGUCUUGCAAAACCUGUUGAUCUUAGAGGCUUUACAGUUCGAAACCCAACUUGGUUAAUCCAGACUUAAGGCUGCUGCUUAGCCUUUCAAGAGAGCUGUCGUUGACGGGACAAAUCCGGCAGCUAAAUCUUUUGUUAUUUUGACCCGCAGAGCCUUUGAUAAUCUAGAAUUAAGUGCCCUUGAGAGGCUGAAUACAGAGACUUGCUCACUUUGGGGGCGUUUGAGGCCUGGUUUCCACAGAUGUCAAUGCCUUGCAUUGUGGUGCCAGUCCCAAAGGUGCCAAACUGCAUUUAGCUUCCAGUGUUUUCUUUUUUAAAAAAAAGAAAGUUCAGAGCCAUUAAAAGGAAUAUCCCUGGCUUUAGAAAAAAGACCCCAGUCUCUCUCCAUACGUAACAACCUCAGUGGACCUCCUAAAAUGGCUUCCAUGCCAUCUGAGUGAAGGGGCUCUCAGUGCUGUUCUGGCAGCUAUAUUCUUGAAUAUCCAUGGGAUUUUAACCCUGAAAAGCAGACAGAAAUAUGCCCCUAGUGAGGGAGGGAGGGAGGGUCUCCAGCCUUGGCAACUUUUAAGACUGGUGGACUUCUACUCCCAGAAUUCCCCAGCCAGCUUGCCUGGCUGGGGAACUCUGGGAGUGGAAGUCCACCAGGUUCUCCUCUCCUUAGAACAGUACAUUUAGCAACCAUUUGAAAAUUACAACUACACU